GCUGACUAGGUAGGAACCAGUUUCUUAAUCCGGCGGUAGGCUUCUUCUUUCUCUCGUUCGUGCCUGCACAAUUAUAUUUCCCGAUCCGAUAUCUGGAUGACUUUUCCCUUCUCCUUCCUUGCCGUCCUCAAAUCAGAUAUUUCCAGUGCCAGUACCUCUCAUCCUCGAGGACCAAACAGAGAACCAUGUCUACCGCAGCUCCCUCUGAUGGAGGGUCGAAUCCGGAGCAUCUGAAGGAUAAGAUAAAGCAUCCGUUCCACAACUUGCGAGAGAAGUUCCGGGAUACAAAAUUAUAUGAUCUGAAAGCUGAACUUAGCCACAAGAAACAUGAAAUUGGGAAGCUAGCAAAUCUGGUUAAUCCAAACCAUCGACACGAUGAGGAACACGAGAAGAUUACCGACGACAAGAGAACCAAGAUUGCAGAAUCGCACCGAUUCAAAUCUUUCGCACCCGAAAGACCAGGAAACAACAUCAAGUGGUAUGUUGAUGGAAGAGAUUACUACUGGGCUGUGUCUAUUGCUCUCGACCGUGCGAAAGAAACUAUCUAUAUUGCAGAUUGGUGGCUCUCUCCAGAACUGUUCAUGCGAAGACCUCCAUAUUAUAACCAGGAAUGGCGUUUGGAUCAGAUUCUGAAAAGAAAGGCAGAAGCAGGUGUCAAGAUAUUCGUGAUUGUGUAUCGUGAGGUUGAGGCUGCCCUUACCUGCAAUUCUGCUCAUACCAAGCAUGCCCUUCAAGCUCUCUGCCCAAAAGGAACCAAAGGACAUGGUAAUAUUACUGUCAUGCGCCAUCCCGACCACAACGUCCUCGAGAACGCAGCAGAUAUGACAUUCUAUUGGGCACAUCAUGAGAAGUUCAUCGUUAUCGACUACGAUGUUGCGUUCAUCGGUGGCCUAGAUCUAUGUUUCGGAAGAUGGGACAAUCACCAGCAUCCACUUGCAGAUGUUCACCCUGAAGGUGUUGCAACUGAAAUCUGGCCUGGACAAGACUUUAACAAUAACCGUGUCAUGGAUUUUCAAACAGUUUCUGACUGGAAGUCGAAUGAGUUGUCUAAAGCUGAAUAUGGCCGUAUGCCAUGGCAUGACGUUGCUAUGGGCGUUGUUGGUGACUGCGUCUAUGACAUCGCAGAACACUUUGUUCUUCGAUGGAACUUCGUGAAGCGCGACAAGUAUAAGCGAGAUGGAAGAUAUGAUUGGCUGACCUUGGAAGGUCGUGAAGGACCAGAUGAGGAUCUCAUUGGAGUCCAGAGACCGAAAUUCCCUGUCGGGGAUUACAUCCAUCAUCCAUUGUCGCCUCUGAGUGGCAAGACAUUCGGCAAACAGCAAGGAACUGUCCAUGCCCAAAUAGUCCGAAGCAGCGGUGAUUGGUCAAGUGGCAUUCUCACUGAACAUAGUAUUCAGAACGCAUACAGCGAACUAAUCAGGAAUGCGCAACACUACGUAUACAUCGAAAACCAGUUCUUCAUCACAGCCACUGGAGACCAGCAACCACCGAUCAAGAAUACGAUCGGUAGAGCAAUCGUAGAUGCGGUGGUCAGGGCUGGGAAAGAAGGCAGGAAGUUCCGUGUUAUUGCAGUCAUUCCUUCAAUCCCAGGAUUCGCAGGCGACCUUCGAGAAGAUGCUGCAUUAGGCACAAGAGCUAUCAUGGACUACCAGUACAAGUCAAUUCUCAGAGGGGAGCAUUCCAUCUUCGAGCAAGUCAGGGCCCAAGGAGUAGAUCCGACUCAACACAUCUUUUUCUUCAACCUCCGAUCAUACGAUCGUCUAAACGUCACUCCAGCAAUGAAGGAUCAAGAAGAGAAGUCUGGUGUUAAAUAUCAAGACGUACAGAGAGCAGAAGCCCAAGAAAUUAUGGACUCUGGUAUCCAUGGUUCCAGAGACGAAGAUGGUGCUGACAAGCACAUGGGCAAAAAGGGAGCUAUUGAUCCACGUGACGAUUCCGGAGACGAAGCAACAGAAGAAAGGACCGACGCAAAGCGCAAGUUUGAAGCCCAUGCCGAAGCAGCAGGUACAAAUCGAGUACCUGAAAGUACAGACAGUGUAGCAAAGAACGCCAUGCUUGAUCAACCUGAUCUCGUGGACGAGAAAUGGGAAGGCGACCUAGAGAGUGAAGUAGAGAACUGGAUUCAAGAAGAGCUCUAUAUUCAUGGAAAAGUUCUCAUAGUCGAUGACAAGACUGUCAUCUGCGGUAGCUCGAACUUAAACGAUCGCUCCCAGAUUGGUAUCCACGACAGCGAAUUAUCCAUUGUCAUGACGGACACCAAGCCUCUUCAAAGCACUAUGGAUGGCCAGCCAUACGAAGCUGGGCACCAUGCCGCCACUUUGAGACGUUAUCUCUGGAGAGAGCAUCUUGGUCUUCUACGACCACAAGACUUGGACGCAAGCAAAGACCCCAACGCGCAGCCACCUGAUGUACCGAAUGAUCCGCAAGAAGGUGAUACAUUCGAGUAUGUCGCUGAUCCACUUAGCGACCAAGUCUGGGAUCUGUGGACUACGAGAGCGACUAAGAACACGGAGGUCUUCAGACAGUUGUUCCAUGCUGAUCCUGAUAACUAUGUCAAAAACUUCGAUGACUACGACAAGUUUCUCCCACCCAAGGGCACAAAGUCAGGUCAUAUCUACGACAAAAUGAUUCCACCAAACGAAAUCCGAGCCAAGCUCGACCAAAUCAAAGGUCAUCUUGUCUGGAUGCCCUUGGACUUCUUGAAAGAUGCGGAGAUGGCGGAGAAAGGAUUGCAGGUCAAUCAGUUCACGGAAAGUGUUUACACGUAACCUCAGAAAAAAGGAAUGAAGGGAAGGGAGAUACUUGCUAUGUCAACUUUUGGCUUAGGUCUGCAUUUUGCAUUGGGAACGGAUGAGGAAUGGGCGUGGCGAAAAUGGAAAGGGGGCUAA